GCUGCUGCAAAAAGUGGAGGAUCUCAGAAAGAUCUAGUCUCAGCAGUUUAACAUUGAAAAGAAGAAAAAUCUGCAUGCGAAGUAAUCUGAUUUGUUUUAUUUGGUAUAGAAUGUUGCUUCUUUCAGUACAUGUUACCAUGGCAAUGACUGCAGGGACUACAACAUCCUUUCCCAUGAGUAACCACACCCGGGAGAGGGUGACGGUGGCCAAACUUACGCUGGAGAACUUCUACAGCAACCUAAUUAUACAGCACGAAGAGAGAGAAACCAGGCAGAAGAAGCUAGAAGUGGCUAUGGAAGAGGAAGGCCUCGCAGAUGAGGAGAAAAAACUGCGCAGGUCGCAACACGCUCGCAAAGAAACAGAGUUUCUGCGACUGAAGAGGACUAGACUUGGCUUGGAUGACUUUGAAUCUUUGAAAGUUAUAGGAAGAGGAGCAUUUGGGGAGGUACGCCUCGUUCAAAAGAAGGAUACAGGUCAUAUUUAUGCAAUGAAGAUACUAAGAAAAGCAGAUAUGCUGGAGAAAGAGCAGGUGGCCCAUAUCCGAGCAGAAAGAGAUAUUUUGGUUGAAGCGGAUGGAGCCUGGGUAGUGAAAAUGUUCUACAGCUUUCAGGAUAAAAGAAAUCUUUACCUGAUCAUGGAGUUCUUGCCUGGAGGUGACAUGAUGACCUUACUAAUGAAGAAAGACACUUUAUCAGAAGAGGAGACACAGUUUUACAUUUCUGAAACUGUAUUGGCCAUAGAUGCUAUUCACCAGCUGGGAUUCAUCCACAGAGAUAUUAAACCAGAUAACCUUCUGCUGGAUGCUAAGGGUCAUGUAAAACUGUCUGAUUUUGGGCUCUGCACAGGUUUAAAGAAAGCUCACAGAACAGAGUUCUACAGGAACCUUACACACAACCCACCAAGUGACUUCUCAUUUCAGAACAUGAACUCAAAGAGAAAAGCAGAAACAUGGAAGAAGAACAGGCGACAGCUGGCAUAUUCUACUGUUGGAACCCCAGACUAUAUCGCACCAGAAGUAUUUAUGCAGACUGGGUACAACAAGCUGUGUGACUGGUGGUCUUUGGGAGUGAUUAUGUAUGAAAUGUUAAUAGGGUAUCCACCUUUCUGCUCAGAAACACCACAAGAGACUUACAGGAAAGUUAUGAACUGGAAAGAAACACUGGUAUUUCCUCCAGAGGUGCCCAUUUCAGAAAAAGCAAAGGAUUUAAUUCUAAGGUUUUGUAUCGACUCAGAAAAUAGAAUUGGUAGUAAUGGAGUAGAAGAAAUAAAAAGUCACCCGUUUUUUGAGGGAGUGGACUGGGGACAUAUCAGGGAAAGACCAGCUGCAAUCCCUAUAGAAAUCAAAAGUAUUGAUGAUACUUCUAACUUUGAUGAAUUUCCCGAAUCUGACAUUUUACAGCCAGUGCCAAACACAACGGAACCUGACUACAAAUCCAAAGACUGGGUUUUCCUCAAUUAUACCUACAAGAGGUUUGAAGGGCUCACGCAGCGUGGCUCAAUCCCUUCCUACAUGAAAGCCGGGAAGUUGUGA